AUGCAACGAUCUCAACGAACAAUAAAUGCUCCAAAAAAAUUCUCACCAUCUCAGCCGAGUAUGUUUAGCCAGGAGAAUUAUUUACUUCGUUUGGAAGAUAACAAUGAAUUGCUCAUCGUGAAACGUUCAAGUAUCAAUUCGAUCAUUGAUGAUAGAGCGAUUCUUGGAGCUCGUUCGAAACGUCGAUAUGCUGUGAUUGAAGCCAAAGAUGAGAUUGAUGAUUGUCAAAGCGAUGAGCAAAACGAUGAUGACUUAGGUGAUAGUGAUGGUCAGAACGAGAUACCAAAAAAUCUUGAUGUCGAUAGUCUUUCAACCGAAAGCGGCAUCGUUACAAAGAAGCGUCGUCGUUCACUCGAUAAUUUGUUGCACAACGAUGAUUCAACAAACGCAUCCAACAAAGAAAAUCAAACUUUAGAAGCUCGAGUAGUUUAUCAGACAAUAGACGACAUGCAUCGUAUCAUUUUACAAAAUCUGGAAAAAAAGUUGUCCGUGUUUUCCAAGAAACUAAAUCAAUUAGUCCCACAUGCCGUUCAUCAACAAUUAGAUUCCUAUCGUGAGAAAGAUGAAACUUUCCCUUCACAAGUGAUGUAUGAAGGACAAAAUCUUCUUGAAAUUCGAGGCAGAGACAUUUAUGGUUAUGGUAGAAACAUUUUGAAAACGCUAUACACAUCACACGAACUAAGUAGUUGUAUUCUACCACCGGCAAGAAAUCAUUUAGCACGACCGGCUCUAGAUCCUGUACGUUUCAAUAUAUUCCAUGGUAUGUAG